GAAAAAGGGAAAAGAAAUUUUCAGAAACCCACAGCUGAAUGAGGAUGUUUAAAGUCUGUUGCUUUGGUGGGUUUCGAGACAAGAACUGAAUCUUGAGACGGAAGUUGCAGUAAUUCACCAAGUGAAGACGAUGGAUCUCACAUCAGCUCUCUUGGGUGCCGUCAUGGUUCUGAGUGUUGUGAGUGAGGUUGAAGUGACGUGCGUCAUGGCAGAGAAGGAUUACAUCAGUUGGGAUGACGUGAGAGUGAAUCAGAAUGAGUACAAAAACAUGAUCCGAGAGGAGUUGUACUCGAGAAGAAAUGAUCAGUCUAAUCGAAGCGGAGUGAUCUUCGUCGACAAGAACGGCCGCGGCGAUUCCAUCACAGUUCAAGGUGCGGUCGACAUGGUUCCGGAGAACAACUCGCGGAGAGUGAAAAUUCUCAUUCUUCCAGGAACUUACAGAGAGAAGGUUCAUGUGCCAAGUUCCAAGCCAUACAUUUCCUUCAUUGGAGAUGAAGACCAGAACUCAAAAACCAUAAUCACCUGGCACGACAAGGCUUCUGACAAAAACGCAGAUGGCAGCGAACUGGGAACCUACAGAUCAGCCUCCGUGACUGUAGAAUCUGAUUUCUUCUGUGCAAAUGGAAUCACCUUCGAGAAUACAGUGGUUGCAGUCCCAGGGGGUUAUGGAAUGCAAGCGGUGGCCCUUAGAGUCUCCGGAGAUAAAGCCAUGUUCUACAGGGUCAGAGUGCUGGGGACACAGGACACACUCCUAGAUGACACCGGCUCUCAUUACUUCUACCAGUGUUUCAUCCAGGGAAGUGUGGACUUCAUCUUUGGCAAAUCAACCUCACUCUACGAGGAGUGUGUCCUUCACUCGACGGCAAAGAAUUUCAGGGCGAUCGCGGCUCAUCACAGGGAUUCACCGAGCGAUGAUUCGGGGUUUUCUUUUGUCAAUUGUGUCAUCAACGGAACUGGCAACAUCUACUUGGGGAGAGCAUGGGGAGAAUAUUCGCGAGCAGUGUACUCCCACUGUUACAUCGAUAACAUCAUAACUCCUCCGGGAUGGAGCGACUGGAACCACCCUUCCAGGCAAAAGACCGCGGUGUUCGGGGAGUACCAAUGCAGAGGCAGAGGAGCUGACAAAAGGGGGCGAGUACUGUGGUCGAAGACGUUCAGUCACGAGGAAGCGACACAAUUCCUGGAUAAGAAAUUUAUUCAAGGAGAGCGAUGGCUUAGGCUCUGAAAUUCUCCAGGGCCUUCUUUCGAGUGUGUAUCCUCGAGCAAACAAGGGCGAUUUUGAGGAGUUCCUUCUCUCUUCCAUAUCAUGUUUACAUGACUAGGUUAAUGCUGAUGUAAAGGUAAGUGGGCGUGUGUUUCCGGUGGCCCGAGUGGUCACCGACCAUAAUACAUAUAUACAGUGUUGUAGCCAAGAUACCCCAAGUAAUUAUUGCUCAAGCAAAAAGGGAAUAUCAGCAAUGUAAGAUGUGAUAAAUUGUUCCUUCUCUCUU